CAAAUUUUCUUUGAAAUCACAAUAACUUUUAUGCCUAUUUAAAAGAAAAUUUCUUGAAGCCAAGUUUUCUAUUAGUUUACAUUAAGAUAAGGCAAUGCUGAAGAGUGCCUUAGAAAAAACAACAAGAAUAUUUACUCUACUUUAUUUUAAAAUAUUUUUACUUUGUAAUAAAAUUUACAUAGAAUUUUUGGGGAAGGAGUAUCAAACAAAAUUAAAAAUCUAAUCUUAGAUAAAUUUAAGUAAUUUUACAUCUGUAACAUUCACAAAUAUUCAAUUUAAUUUUGGAGAAAAUAUAUAUACCUCAUUGGAUUCCACUAUCAUUAAUUUAUAUAAUUUAAAAUAAACCUUAACACUCAAAAUAAUCAAUUGCAUUUUUAUUACUGAAAAUGGUUUAGCAAGAAAUUACACAUUAUAAUUUAAUUCAAAUAUUCCUUAUUCUUUGAUAAUUAAUAAUCUAAUUUUGGAAAAGUUUCGCAUUUUCUCAUCAAAUUUGUUCUAAUUUGAAGGUUAAAACAAUUUUCAGUAAAAUUAAGUUUUUUUGAAAAAGCUAACUAUCAGAAAUUCUAUUUUUUUCAACUCAACUUUAUUUAAAUUCAUUGCUCUAAAAAAUAACUUAAACUUUGAUUCAAAUUUUUCUGAUGUUGAAAUAAUAGACACUAUUUUUCUGUAAUCUUCGUUUAUUUUAAGCAACAGUCUUUUAAAUUAUACAACAGGAACAGUAGUUUUUGAUAAUUUGAGGAUAAAGAAUAUUGAAAUGUUAUUUUACUCAAAUUUUGCUUAACUUCCUUGUGUUAUAUUUGCUAAAUUUGAAACAGUCUAAUUAGAAAAUAGCAGAUAUUUUAAUAACUCUAGAUUUUAUUCAUCCAAUAAAAUUAAUAUUGAAAAUUGUAUUAUCAAUAAUACUUAAAUUGUUGAUAGCAACUUGAUAAUAAAUGAUGUAGAUUACUCAAGGUCAGAAUAGGCUUUAUUUGAAUCAUCUAGAAUUUUUAUAAAGUCCUGCAACAUUAUAAAUAAUUACUAUAAUAAUCAUUAAUAAAUAAUACUAAUCAAAAGGUAUAAAGAAAUAUCUGAUGUUUAUCUUCUAAUAGAAGAUUUUUUCCUGUCCAACAAUAGGCUGACAGCAAAAAUAUAACAGAGUUCAAUAUCUUAUUAUUAAUCUAUAAUUUAUUUUGAAUGUUAAAUCUGUUUGUUACAAAAUAUUAUUAUUUCAAGAGGAUAUGGAUUUCCAGAAAUUAGCAUUCCUAAUUCUGAAAUUUUGAAUAUAAAGAAUUUCACAGUCUCUUAGGAUUAAAGAUAGAUGUCAAAAGUUUUACAUACAUCUAUGGAUUGUGUUAAAAAAUUUACAAUAAUGGAUUAAUACUUCAUUCUUUAUAUUGGUUAAUAUAAAAGUGUGAAAAUAGAAUCAUUUUCUAUUUUAAGCUGCUUAAGCUUCAAUAAUGCUUACAUAAUAUUUUAAGGAUAUGAUAUUAUGGAAGCAUCAAUAGAUGAAUCAAUUAUAAUUUAGAACUCAAAAUUUUUGGAUAAUAAAUUAAUAAUUACUGACUCUAACAAAAAUGCAGCUAUAAUUUCCAUUACAUCAUCAUAAUCAUGCGUUAUAAAUAUAUCAAAUAGCGAUUUUUCCAACAAUCAUCUAAAUGAAUAUUUUUAAGACUCAACCAGCCCAUCAGCAACUGUACUAUAUAUGUCUCUGUAAGAAGGUUUAACCUCCAUAAUAAACUGCAAAUUUUUCAAUAAUCUUGUUACAAACUCAAGUGAUUCCAUCAUUUACAUAAAAUCAUCUACCUUACAACUAUAAAAUUUAUAAUUUACAAGCAGCAACAUUAAAUUUAUUUCAAAUAUGAGUUAAAGUCUGAUAUUUCCAACAAUUCAAAAUUUAGGUUAAAUUGAUUUUGAGACAGCUUUCCCAAUAAAAUCUAAGGUGGAAAUGGAUACUUUAUUUUCUAUUUCAUUAUAGGGUGGAGGAUUCUAUAUUGCCACUUAAGGAAUGAGUAAAAUAUUAAUCUAGAACUCUUUUUUUGCAAAUACUUAAACGUAAUUGCAGAGUUCGGUUUUUUCAAGUGGAGGUUGCUUAUAUAUUGAUGCAUCUCUGUCUUAACUCAUAUUUUCUCUAAUUAAUUCAUCAAUUGAUACAUCAUUUGCUAAGUAAGAAGGAGGAGGAAUUGUUAUCAAUCCAUCUGAAAUAUAUAAUAGGAUUGAGUUGAUAAAUUUAACAAUUAAAGAUUGCUUUUCAAUAAAAUACUCCUUCCUUGCAUAUUCUCCUAAUAAAGUUGAAAAUUUAAUUUCAAAUUUAAAAUUUUAAAAUAUCAAUUUUUAUUAAACACAAAACGGAUUAAAUAGUUAUCUUUCCUUAUUGGAAUAACUAACUAAUUCUUAGGCUUCAUAAUUUAUAAAUUCUAAUCCAUUAAUUUUUGCUAGGUUUAGCAACUUCACAUUAAAUAAUUGUAAUUUUCACUCAACCUAUAUUUAAUUUUUGCUUUAAUUAGACUAAGUUGAUAACAUUAUUUUGACAGAUAUUAAAGUCAUUAAUUGUUCAACAUUUCAUUCUCCUUUAUUUAAAAUGAAUCUUAGAUCAGAAUUUGCUGGAUAAUUAAGGAUUUAUAAUCUAGAAUUUAUUAAUGUAGAAUAAAAAUAAAUAGCCUAAGAUGCUGCUUGCAUGCUUGUAGAUGAAGAAUUAGAAAGUGAAAUAUUAUGUCCUAAAGAAAACCAAAAAGAUACCUUAACUAUAGAUGAGACAGAUUUUACUUUGAAAAGAUAGCAUUAACUUAUUUGUAAUCAAAUUUUAGUUUUUUCAAAUAUUGAAUCUAAUUUUAGUCUAUUUGAAAUAGAUUAAUUAAAUUCAAACCAAUACAUAUUUGUUUAACAUGUCAAAUUUUCAAAUACAAUAUGUGAAACAUGUUAAUUUGGUUUAAUGAGGAUCCUUGGUUUUCAAUAGAUAGAAGGAUAAAACAUGAAAUUCUCUUAUAUUGAGAUCAGAAAUUGUAAAUGUGGUAAUUCUGGUUGUUUAUCAAUUAUUAAAUCAACUGAUGUAUCUUCAACUUUAAGUAGUUUAUCUGAUAAUCUUCGAUUACUAAGAUAGCUUGAUUAUGAUUUUUUAGAAAGCAAAAUGAAUUAAUAACUAUCCAUUUUGAAAAGUACCUUUAUAAAUAAUUCAGCAUAAUUAGGAGGUUCAUUAUAUUUAAAUUGA